CUUCCUCGUCUCAGUUAUUUUAGAUUUGAUACGACGGCCUGUGGAUAAAUGAGUUUUACUACAUCUUUGUAAGAUGACUCAGAACAUGUUUCAGGAGGGACUGUAUCAAGUGUUUUUUAAAGAGACACCCACUCCCCGCCCCCCUGCCCAGGUUCCCAAUAAUGUAGAGCUAAACAACGCCAGGAUCCAUCGCUGGUUCGGGACUGUUGUUAACUCAAGGCUUUUAGUCACAGGGGUGGUUCAAGUCCUGAGUGCCUUUUCUUGCAUCCUCCUCACAGUCAGCCAUGCCUGCAUGAAGUACGACUGCUCUGUCUCCAUGAUAACUCCAGUGUGGUCAAGUUUAUUUUACAUUGCUGCUGGGUGUCUGGUAAUGGAAGUUCAGAGGAAGGCGAGCAAAAUAAAGAUCAUUGCUGUGAUGGGUCUGAACAUCUUCAGUCUAUUCUUUGGGCUUUCCGCCCUGCUGACAAACAGUCUAGUGUCUGCCACACCUUCAGAAGUGAUAACGUACCAUCAGAGGGCUGGUUCUUAUGUUGCAAAUGUGAGCUCCAUAGUUUUCAGCGCACUGUGCUUUCUGGGAUCGUUGUACAUCCUCUUCUUGUCCUGGAGAGGCCUGCGUCGCUACAGUCCUCCUCACAUGCAAACCUACUGUCGCGUCGCACAGGAUCCAGAUGAAAUGAACGGACCUCUGCUUGAAGAGGAGGAGAUAAAUGUGGUUUGUCCCGUGUGAACAUUAUUUUUAUACUGAGUUACUGUGGACACACCCGUGUACAGUCACAGGAGUGACUGUGCAACCCCAGUCAGCAGACUGUGGACUCCAGGGAAGAUUUUCUAAAACAGAAAAAAUCUGGUCAUUUGGCUUGGGGAAGCCAAAUAUUAAGUCUUAAUCCACAGAAAAACAUCAGUUUCAACCAAAUAACUGAGAGCACAGAAUACCGUAACAAUUUACAGUAGAAAGCUCCAAUUUGUGACUUAAGUUUACAUUUUAAUGACUGUUUUUUUUUUUAGAAGAUGUGAUAGUCUAUGUUUCACAUUUAGAAUCUGAAUUUCUAUUUUGCUUCUUGUGGACACAAAUUUGUUUUUAGAGAUUUUUUCCUGAGCUUGCUCUGUGACGGACACUAGAGGGCAGCAUUGGCAGAAGUUCCUCAUGAGGUGUUCCACUGGUGGACUGGUCUACUAACAUAGUGUAUAACUGUAGGUGUUUAUACUAUAUAUCACACUAUAUUUAAACUGAAUAAAAGCUAUCAUUCACAGCUGUAUUGUAACAGGAACAGCAUGUAAAUAAAAAUUCAGAAAGUGAGUCUUCUAAGAGGAUGCAUCAGUAGUUUUGUAGACUUCUUAAACUCACUUCAUCAUAACAUCUGAAAUUAAAAUAUAUCUAUUCUUUAAAAACGUUGUGUGGAUGUUGUUUUGGCUCCCAGGAGCUGGCUGAAGGGCGUUUUUUUUAGGUGUAUCAGUAUUAAAUGUUC